CUUCCUGAAUGCAGACAAUACGAACGUCCUUCAUAUGAGAUAUAUUUGAUCGUCAUUACUUACUAGCUAGUAGUUGUGUAAUAAAAUCGUGUGUGCGAGACUGGUGUUUUGGUUUACGUAUCCUCUAGUUUUGUUAGGAACGUGCGCUGGGUAAAGAGAAUGUUGAGGCCACGGUCACGAUCGCCCCACUAUUCUCACAGAGUUAGUCCGCGCAGGCAGGAUGGUCGGCGGUUCCCCUGGGACGACCCAGACUUCAACCCCCAGCAGGUGCUGGCUGACCUGGGCAGGCUACCUGGGGAGGAUCAGUGGGUUCGCUUCAUGGACGAGAUCCACCCAGAUGGCCCAGAGGGCCACAUAAGACCUGUUUCCCCAGGCCUCCACAGGCUUGACCACCACCUCCCCCCAGAGGAAUUCCACCAUCGCAGAAUCCCAACGGCACCUCACGAGCUGGGCUACGCCGAGCACAGAAGACUCUCCCCCCAUGAUGGCAGAGGGGGUGGCAGGGGAAAAGGAAGCGGGAGCGAAGGGCUGCCCCACUCUCCUCAGAGGCUACCCAGAGAGAAGCUGCCAUCACUGGCCCCGCAGCACCCUCACUACAGUCCUGACCACCACCAGAUAGUGUCCUCUGCAGGCUGGAGAAGAGAAGACCAGAGCCAGGGAAGGUCCAGGGACCGCAGCCCCAGGGAGAGGGUUCAGGGUGGGGGGAAGGGGGGGGAGAGGAGGGGUGGAGAUUUUCCAGGUCCCUAUGGAGACCGAAGCAGAGAUGACAUGCAUAGAGAGAAGAGCACCAUCUCUGACCGGAACCGGAGGGAAGCUGAUGAAGCGGUGCAUCCUGGGUACGGGAAGGAGACAGAGUUUAGGGUGCGCCGCCCCUCGUUGGAGAGGCCCCGGGAAGGGUACGGAGGAGGAGGGCCACGGGGGCGCAGGGGCCCCUCAGGGAGCCACGAUGGCCGGGGGCCUGGAACCCUCAUCGUGGAGCAUGACCAUGGUAUUAUAAACAGCAGAGGGCCAGAACUCUACGACAACCAGAGGGGCCGUGGCCCCGACCAGAGCCCAAGCCACGACCGAUUCAGUCACCGUCAUCACCGGGCCAGAGCCACUGAGGAGCGGUUCAGGAAGUCGGGUAGCAGGUCCAAUACCAAAGAAGAGGCCAGGGGUCGGCUUGACCAUGAGGAGAGGAGAGGCCCUGUCCAUGAGGAGAGGAGAGGUCCUGUCCAUGAGGAGAGGAGAGGUCCUGUCCAUGAGGAGAGGAGAGGCCCUGUCCAUGAGGAGAGGAGAGGCCCUGUCCAUGAGGAGAGGAGAGGCCCUGUCCACGAGAGGAGAGGCCCUGUCCAUGAGGAGAGGAGAGGUCCUGUCCAUGAGGAGAGGAGAGGCCCUGUCCACGAGGAGAGGAGAGGCCCUGUCCACGAGGAGAGGAGAGGCCCUGUCCACGAGGCGAGGAGAGGCCCUGUCCACGAGGCGAGGAGAGGCCCUGUCCACGAGGCGAGGAGAGGCCCUGUCCACGAGGAGAGGAGAGGGCCUGUACAUGAGUCCAGGAGAAGCCCUGAUCGUCAUGGGAGAGCCAGCCCCAUGGGCUUCCAAGAUAGAGGUAGUCCCACAGAGCCCAGGGCCAGAAACAGUGCAUUCCGAGGGGAGAGGGGGGCCCCAGCCCAGGGUGGCAAGAGACAGAUGGGGCCCUCCAUGAACCAGCCCCGGCCUCUAAUUCAGGGAAUGCAGGGGUACCGACCCCGGGAUGCCAUCCCCCAGCAGUCCCCUCCGGAGCACCAGGGGUACCAACCCAGGGGAGGCAACUGGGACAUGGAGCCCAGAGAGGAGGUGCCCGGUUGGGCAGAGGUGAGCGACAAGGAGCCCCGCUGCGAGAAGGACCGGGGACCAGGGCCGCGAGGAGGCCGUCCGCCAGCACAGGGCAGGAUGGAUCCUAGGAAACCUCAGCAUAGUGAUCUCAACCCCAACUGGAACCAACAGCAGAACGAUAUGGGAAUGCCUCACAUGGGCGCCGGCGAGAAGGAGACGCUCACCAUCAAGGUGGACAUGAACCGGCCUGUGGGCCAGAACAGCCAGCUGUGCUACUCCUCAGACCGACAGCUGUCGCUGGAUCUGGUCAACGUGGGCCGCCAGCGCCUAGACUUCCUGCCCAUGCUAGAGCAUUCUGGGACGUACCGGGAAUCCGCAAUGCACUCUGGGACUUUCGCCCAGGAGAUCAUCACCCUGGUGCACCAGGUCAAAGAGCAUUACUUUAGAGAUGAUGGUGUGACACUGAACGAGCGUUUCUCUGGCCCCCAAGAUGGAGGUCUGCCUGAGGAGGAGGAGCAGGAGGAAGAAGGACCAACUCUGAACAGGCUGUUCAACAUGAGUAUGUCAGAACCUGAUAUGGAACCUGUCUUCUCUAAAGUUGGCCGCAUGCAGAGGCAGCAGCAGGCAGUGAGAGAUCCCGGAGACCUGAGACAUGACCUGGAGAGGAGGAGACAGGAGAGGCUGGAGGGAGUGAAGGUCACCAUACCUGGAGGCAGGCUCUCACAGCACCCCCUGGCUGCCGGGAGUGACCAUCAGGGGGGGUAUGGUAGAGAGGAAGACGAGGAACAGGAGGGCUUUUCAGGCUGGUCAGGCCCACCACGGAGAGGGAGGAGGUGGCCUGGAGAAAUGGGGGGUCAGAGGAGAGGUGGCAUGAUUAGACAAGACAUGGGAGACCAGCAAAGGAACAACUGGCCUCCUAAUAGCCCUUGCAACCUGCCUGGAUCAACGAGACAACAGAACCACAAUAUUAACGGUGCCAACUGAUGAAUGGAAGCUUGGAGCAAUCCAAAUGGAGUCAGUGGUUAACUGUUGAUAGGCUGUAUAUAUUAUAGAUCACAUUGCUGCAGACUGACCACAGCCUGAACCACGACCACCUGACCAACUGACAUUCUGUACCACGCUGUCAAUGUAAUGCCCAUGCAAUGUAGCUGCUCUCCUGACAGAGAGAGUAAUGUGGUGGGGAAGUAAGAUGGCCAACUGAUAUUUAAAGAUGCACUAUGCAUAAAUCGUUCCACCAUUUCCUGGUUGCAAAAUGUUUGCCUAAUUUCAGUUUGUUACAAAACGAGCAAGUAUAGUGUAGAGCAGGGGUAGGUAACCGUGCUCCUGGAGUCCCGCUGGUACUGCAGGAUUUUGUUCUGUCUAGGCACCACACCUGACCAACUGACAGGGCCGGCGGCAGAACUAUUCAGUUGGACCGGCCUUUGAUAUCCAUAGGCGUGGCAUGUUUUUUCCCGGGACCACCUUAUGUGUGCAUCCUCUUGCAUGUUCAAAUUGUAAUAGUAAAGACCAUAGGCAGCUGGUGAGUUUCAAGUUUGUGGAUGUUUCCAAUUUACCCUAGCAUUUCUACCGUUCUUAGUGCCAGUUAUGGUAAUUGUUUUAUAUGCACAUUUUUGUGCAACAGUUUCAUUUCAAUAUUUUAUUUUCUCAGUCAUUGUCACGUGGUUAAUCAUAAAAAUCUGAAAUAAAAUGAUAAAAAUGUCAAAGUUAAAAUUGAACUGAGGUGAGAGCAGCAGCCUCUGCCAUAUGAACACAUUGAUACACUGUGAUCCAUUGGCAGCUAAAGAAAUGAGCUCAUAGAACUCAGAGACAGCCUAUAGGCCAAUGCAGCAGUAGGCCUGUAACCUUAAUCUCAAAUAAGUAAAGCUGACAAAUAAAAACAGUAGAAAAUAA